CCGCCCACUCCUUCCUCCCUCGCGGCCUCUCCUGCACUUGCGGCCUCUUCCUUUCCUGGGCCUUCCUGUGCGGUGCCCCCCGACCUCGGUUCCCCCAACCCCUGCGCGAGGCUGGAGUGCGAGGUUCCGGAGCCCUGGUGCGGGCAGGGUCCCGGCGUAGACGCUGCCGGCCAACCCCCUCAGCCUCCUCGGCAGUCCCUCGGUUGCUUCAGCUGCCCCAGGGUGUGCAGGUUUGCUUCAGAAGUUGGGCGGGCGCCGCUGUGGGGAGGAGAGCGGGGAGAGUCAAUGUGGCCAGCCCCUGGUCUCCGGCCGCCACGGCGGUCCUCGCCCUUGGGAAUCCUUGGGCGCCCAGACAGAAUGGAAGUAGGCGCCGGAGAGCCCGUUCUGCAUUUUGAUUCAUCUCGGGCCCUAUAAGAAUCCCAAGCAAAUCAAAUGGCAUCUGGAGAUCUCUGCUCACCUGCAGAAGGGAUGGAAAUACUUCAACAAGUGUGCAGCAAACAGCUUCCUCCUUGUAACCUGAGUGAAGAGGACCUAUUACAGAACCCAUACUUCAGCAAGCUGCUUCUGAGUCUCUCACAGCAUGUGGAUGAGACUGGCUUAAGCCUCACCCUGGCAAAGGAGCAGGCUCAGGCAUGGAAGGAAGUUCGACUGCAUAAGACAACAUGGUUGAGGUCUGAGAUUUUACAGAGAGUCAUUCAAGAGCUACUUGUAGAUUACUAUGUGAAGACACAAGACACAAAUUUAACUUCUGAGGACAAAAAGGUGCUUCUCCGCUGCCUCACCUUGCUACAGAGGCUUCUUCAGGAACACCGGCUAAAGACCCAGUCUGAGCUAGACGGCAUUAAUGCCCAGUACCUGGAAAUCAAGUGCAGUGCCAUGAUCCUUAAGCUGAGGAAGGAGGAACUAAAGAUUUUGUCUGACACUUACACUGCCGAGAAAGUGGAAGUUCAUCGUCUCAUUAGGGACCGUUUGGAGGGAGCCAUUCGCCUACAAGAGCAAGACAUGGAAAAGUCAAGACAGGUCCUGAACAACUAUGAGGUUCUUGGGGAGGAGUUUGACAGGCUAGUAAAAGAGUACACCCAACUCAAGCAGGCAACUGAGAACAAGCGCUGGGCCCUCCAGGAGUUCAACAAGGCAUACCAUUGAGUGCUGGCAGGGCCAGGAAACAUGGCUUCUGCACAGCCACUGCCUCCUACUCUCUCUUCUAACAGGACCAUUUUCACCUGGGGCUGCCUUCAUCACAAGGGAGUGUGGAGAUGUUUGCUUAAAAUGGUAGUCAUUUAGGUACCCUCCUGGUUUCUCUUGUCUACAAUGACUGAACCUCUUCUAGGAAAUGUAGCAAGCAGAUUUAUAUGAUUUUGUGCAUAGCUUCUCAGUGUCAGCUCCAUAUUGUAUUUGAUUAUCUCCUGAAUAAAGUGAUGAUAUUAUAUCUUA